GCCGGAGAGGAGCUGGGGGAGGACGGUGGCCCGCGAGGCUCGUCGCAGACAACGCGGCGGCGAUGUCCGCGAGCCAGGCGAGUGCCGCGGCGGCAGCGGCGGGGCCUCGCACGCGGCAGGGCGGCCUGGGCUUCGGCCUCCCUCCGGUUCCCAGGAAGCGAACUGGCGGCCAGCGCGGGAGCAGCAGCAGUAGCAGAGGCGGAGGCUCCAGCGCGUCUGCUGCCUCCCCUGCAGCCUGAGCCGGGGGAGGCCAGGCGGCCCGGGUGGCUGGAGGGGGGUCCGCUGCCCAAGAAUGGGAAUUCUCUUCACCAGGAUAUGGAGACUCUUCAAUCACCAGGAGCACAAAGUUAUCAUUGUUGGGCUGGAUGAGGCAGGGAAAACUACCAUCCUUUACCAAUUUUCUAUGAAUGAAGUUGUACAUACAUCACCCACAAUAGGAAGUAACGUAGAAGAAAUAGUGAUUAAUAAUACACGUUUUCUAAUGUGGGAUAUUGGUGGCCAAGAAUCUCUUCGGUCUUCUUGGAACACGUACUAUACUAACACAGAGCUUGGAAUAGUUGUUGUGGACAGUACCGACAGAGAAAGGAUUUCUGUAACUAGAGAAGAACUCUAUAAAAUGUUAGCCCAUGAGGACCUACAGAAAGCUGGAUUGCUGAUUUUUGCUAAUAAACAAGAUGUUAAAGAAUGCAUGACUGUAGCAGAAAUCUCCCAGUUUUUGAAAUUAACUUCUAUUAAAGAUCACCAGUGGCAUAUCCAGGCAUGCUGUGCUCUUACUGGCGAGGGAUUAUGCCAAGGACUUGAAUGGAUGAUGUCACGAUUUAAGAUUAGAUGAUCUCUACUGACCUCUCCUCAUAGACUUUGUAUAAACGAAGUGCUGGACUUUACCUGAAAGCUGCAAAAAAUUAAUGGCUUAGAUAUAUUUAUAAUAAACUGAUUUAAACUUUUUCUAUCAGAAGAAAAAUUAAGACCACUUAUUUGAAAACAAAGAUGAAGUCUCACUUUCCAACCUGCUUUCUCAUUAGUUCCUUCCAAAGCAACGUCUUUAAAGCUGUGAUUGCCAUUUUUCUCAUAAUGAAUCCUCUCAGGACAUUGUGUAGCCUGUGGUAAGUACAAAGGGAGAAGAAGACAUUUUUCACUUUAAGAGCUUUAUUAUCAGUAUAACCCUCCCUAGUUGAAUGUGUAUUCUCUUCGUGUUCCAUUAAGUCAAAAUACAAAUCAGCACAGAUACUCAGUUUCCAAUACUUUAAAAUGUAAUGUUAAUUAUGAGAAGUAUUUUGCAUAAGGUUGUGUGUAUUGUGUAUAUACCUCAAAUUCAAGUUUAUGGCUUUGAUUAUGUUCUAAAGAAAAGCAAAGAACGCAAAAAGUAAUAAUAUCUUUAGUUAAUGACCAUAAUGAGAUGAGUACUGGCAUUGCUGUUCAAUGCCAUUUUGUGCUUUCCUCUUGUGUUCUCUGUAUUGUACUAACCAACCCCCAGAAUCAUUGGGCUGCUCUUAAAAAAAGAAAAGAAAGAAAAGGAGAAAGCUCAACAGUGUGUACCUAUUUUUUGUUGAUCAGAUUAUAUACAUGAAAGCAUGUAAUCCAGCUGAGUGGAGUAUCUGCAAAUUUUUGGCUUAAUAUUAUGAAUGGACAGAAUUACACAUUGGGCAAUUAUCAGACUGGUUCCUUUAUGGGAUCUGUGCCAUCUAAAUUUCUGAGAAAAUUGUUAAUUCAUUAAUCAGUCAAUCAUUAAUUGUGAUUAAAAUUAUCAAGUGAUUUUUUUUCCCAACGUUAAUGGGAAGCUGUUGUGUAAAAUGUCUGCCCAGAGAAUUAUCACUCUAUAAAUAUUAAUCAAAUAGUUUACCUAUAGUCUUCUUAAGUAUUGAAUUAUAUGUCAGGCAUUUAAAGUGAGUUUGAGAUGAAAAGUAAAGCUUAUUUUCUAAGCAAGAAAGUUAUUUCUUAAUUUGAAAAUUUCUCAUUUUAGGAAUUAGGAUAGUUUGAGAUUUUUGUUUCUUCAUGUUUCUUUUUAUCUUCUUAACACCACAUGAAUGUAUUGACAAUUAUAAAAUACAAACUUUUAUGCUUUUAAGAAUUGGGUUUAAAAGUUGAACAACAUGAUACACAUUUUUACAGAGAAGUGACUUGGCCCCAAAUAUGUUUGCUUAGGAUAUUUUUUUUUCACUGAAAAUGGAAAAAUACGAUGGUUGAAGGUAUUUCUGUUGUAAUUUCUGUUGUAUCCUAAAUGUGAUCAAAUGUAUUUUGGGGUGCUCUCUUUGUAUAUGUUUCAUGCCCUGAAAAUCUGAAGGCUGAUCCAAACUGGCAUGUUGUAGAAUAUUGAAGAAAAGAAGUAACUACGUUUAAUACCAGCCUUUUAGAUUUCAUGCAGAUUUUGAUGAGGAAUCAUAGUAUAUAUACCACAAGCUUUGACAAAACUUGGAAAGUUUCUUUCUGUAAUAUAUAAUAUACUCAAUAUCUAAAUCCAAGUCAGGCAUGAGAGAUCAGUGUUUAACAGUGGAUGUGUUGUGUGUUAUAUUACAAUGUUCAUAAUGCAGGUAUAACAUUUUAAUAUUUGUCAACUUGCUUUUACAAAAGUAAAUUCUAAAUUACUAAGCUUUAUUCAUACGUUCUUACACUUUUUCAAAUCACUAUGAGUAAUUACUUGUUUUGUAUUAAAAACUCCCAUAAAAAACCUAAAAAAAAAA